UCAACAAGGAAGCAGCUAUGGCUCGUUUUUUCUCCACCAUUUUGCUCUUGCUCGCGUUGGCACUUGUGGCUGAAGUUUCUGGGAGCACUAAUGGAGGACCUUACCAGCUGACUUCUGCAGAAGGCUCUGUCUCCAUACAAGAAUGCCCACAGAAAUGCGACUACCGUUGCUCGGCAACGAAGCACCGGGAACCAUGCCUCAAGUACUGCAACAUCUGCUGCCAGAAAUGCUUGUGUGUUCCGUCCGGCACGUACGGACACAAGGAGGAGUGCCCAUGCUACAACAACAUGAAGAGCAGCCAGGGCAACCCCAAGUGCCCGUGACGUAGCAAUGAAUCAUAGUUUUUUUUUACCACGUAUUAAUGUACACAAUGGGAAAUGAAUAAAAUUGUUGACGCUGGGC